ACAUUCUUGUUUGGUUAAACUUGUUAAGUUUAACUUCUUCUUCACUUCUAUUUUUGGUUGAUCUUCUGUUUUACGUAAACAGAAAUGAAUACGGUUCUUAAUACCGAUACUACUUCGAAUGAAACUUCGAACAUGGGAACUUCUGAAGGAAGUGUUCCUACCAGUAUGAUUCCUCCCGUUGUGAAUACAACUACUACUAAUGUGAUUCCACCGGUUGUGGGUGCCCCUACUAUCGCACAUUCAAACUCCGUUUCACAUGGGGAAAAGUCGGAUAAAUUUUUUGGGGUUGAUUUCAAAAGGUGGCAACAAAAAAUAUUGUUUUAUCUCACAACCCUCAACUUGGCGAAAUUCUUGAAUGAAGAUCCUCCCGCCAUACAAGAAGGGGAAAACAAUAGGGCAUCUUUGAUUGCUUUGGAUGCAUGGAAACAUUCGGACUUCUUAUGCAAGAAUUACAUUCUUAAUGGCUUGGACAACGCCUUAUACGGUGUAUAUUGCUACAAGAAAUCUGCAAAGGAACUAUGGGAGUCCUUGGAAAAGAAGUACAAGACCGAAGAUGCGGGAACCAAGAAGUUCAUUGUGAGAAAAUUCUUGGACUACAAAAUGGUAGAUUCGAAGACCGUCAUCAGUUAAGUGCAAGAAUUGCAAGUCAUACUCCAUGACAUUCAUGCGGAAAAUAUGUCCGUGAGCGAAUCAUUUCAAGUCGCUGCAAUUAUCGAGAAACUUCCACCCAUGUGGAGGGACUUCAAAAACUAUCUCAAGCACAAGCGCAAGGAGAUGAACAUUGAAGAACUUGUGGUUCGAUUGAGGAUUGAAGAAGA